CCAGUUUUUCACCGCCUCUCAUAAACACACAAAGGCAAACAUGGAUCUAUCUUCAAAGCUAGGAGUUGAUAAAAUCGACAUCAAGGGCAAGCGUGUCUUGAUCCGAGUCGACUUCAACGUCCCCCAGGACAAGAAGACCUUCGAGAUCACCAACCCCGCUCGUAUCGUAGCAGCCCUACCCACCAUCAAAUACUGUCUCGAGAACGGAGCCAACAAUGUUGUGCUCAUGUCUCACCUAGGCCGCCCCGAUGGACAGAGAAACCCCGACUACUCACUCAAGCCUGUACAAGCGGAGCUUGCUAAGCAACUCGGAACCGAGGUCGAGUUCCUGGACGACUGUGUUGGCCCUGAUGUUGAGAAGGCCUGUGAGUCACCCAAGCAAGGCGCUGUGAUCCUGCUUGAGAACUUGCGUUUCCACGCUGCCGAGACCGGAAGUGGUAAGGAUUCCAGCGGUGCCAAGGUCAAGGCGACCCAGGAUGAGGUUGACUCUUUCCGCGCGUCAUUGACUAAGCUUGGUGAUGUAUACAUUAACGAUGCUUUCGGUACCGCUCACAGAGCCCACUCUUCCAUGGUUGGUGUUGACCUGCCCGUGCGUGCCGCCGGUUUCCUAAUGAAGAAGGAACUGGAGUACUUCGCUAUGGCUUUAGAGAAGCCCCAGCGUCCUUUCCUAGCCAUUCUGGGAGGAGCCAAGGUUGCGGAUAAGAUCCAGCUUAUCGAGAACUUACUAGACAAGGUAGACACCAUCAUCAUUGGCGGUGGUAUGGCAUAUACCUUCAAGAAACAACUCAACGGUAUGAGCAUUGGUGAUUCGCUAUUUGACCAGGCUGGUGCUGAUAUUGCCCAGGAGCUUAUGGACAAGGCGAAGGCCAAGAAUGUAAAGGUUGUGUUCCCCACCGAUUUUAUCACCGCCGAUAAGUUCGCCCCUGACGCCAAGAGCACGGUAGCCAAGGAGUCUGACGGUAUCCCCGAUGGUACCAUGGGUUUGGAUAUUGGACCUGAUUCCAUCCAGCUGUUCAAGGCCACCGUCGACGAGUCAAAGCAGAUUCUAUGGAACGGUCCCUGCGGAGUGUUCGAGUUCGACAAGUUCGCGGAUGGAACCAAGGGUGUUAUGGACGCUGUAGUGGGGGCCACCGCAAACGGAGCCAUCUCCAUCAUUGGAGGAGGUGACACAGCCACGUGCUGCAAGAAGUACAAGACAGAGGACAAGGUGAGCCACGUUUCAACUGGUGGUGGUGCCUCUCUCGAGCUCUUGGAAGGAAAAGUAUUGCCAGGUGUGGCUGCCCUUUCUUCCGCUUAAAUGCUUGAAGAAAAUAAAUAAAAUGUGCGGAAAUGUGUGUUGGGAUGAUAAGAAACAUAUAAGCUUCCAAUAAAACACUGAGGUGCUAACAGUAUACCGAUCCAGCAUAUUCUCCAAUUGUAGCGACAUUCGUUUCCAGCAGUGUAGUCGAAAGCAAUAAUACCAAAUACAAUAGAAGUCGGAAGCGGGUAUUUAGCUGUUAUUUGUAGAGUAAGCUAUUUUUAACACACGCGUUUGCUCCAUGUGGUGUCGGAGGAUGUUUCUGUCGUAAUUUUAAUCCUGAAGCUACACGGAACACUUCAUGAACAAUGAUAUUAGUAACACUUUGUGAAAGCCAUUGUUUAUAUAAAUCUCAGCGAUAAGCUGUUGUAUGACGUGAGAAAUUGUAUCUGCUUGUGGUUAGUUGUUUAAGGAGAAGGGCCACUCCUGGUCCGAAACGCUUCGUCCUGUAGCGUAAAUGUCUUUUGCGCAUGAAAGAUUUCUCAAACCCAGUUAUUAGCUUCAGGUGUUGAAAGAAGAGCAUGAGCAAAGUGAUGCGUCCGCGAUCUCCACCUUAAUUAUAUUUGAGUCGUAGGUAUCUAUCUAACGAGCUACAACUCCUACGUAUAUCGCCGGCCUUCGUUCUGUUCUGUUUGUACAGCCUCAUGGAUAAUUCUCUUCGCCAUAAAAACAACAGUCUAAUUUUCUCAGAGAACGCGCAUUCACUAGUAGUUGUAGCGUCAUUUAUACAUUCAGCCCCCAAGCACUUUCGCAAGCUACCCGUAAUUAUUCAUAGCCGAAGACUCGAACUAAACAAAAAGCUGUUCACAGAUCUCGUCACUCG